UCAGCCUGCAUAGUAGACUGCUGUUCCCCCACAUCCACAGAAUUGAAUAGUUUCUGCCGCUUCAUAUAGCGGAUUGUGAAGCCGAAAGCACGUCCCUUCGGGGAAAUCCGAUAAAAUUGAAACGAUACAAAGAAGAUUAGCAUGGUCCUAGGUCCUUGCGCAAGGAUGACGCAUAAAUCGAGAAAUAGUCCAAUUUUGUUUUGAAAAUUUCUUUCUUAUUUCGUAAAUUUUCUAUGUGAAUUUUGGUUCUUAGGAGUUCGGUUUUUAGAUUCAUCGAGGGGAUUGAAGCAUUGCAGGGAUUGAUUGAGUGGAAGUGUUUACAAAUUGUUUGAUAUAGAGUUUUUGGGGAGAUGAACAAAGGAGGAGCAGGCUUGGGAGGUGGAGCAGGUGGCGGUGUUGGGCCGACCGCUGCUGCUGCAGCUGCGGCGGCGCAAAAACAGAAAACCCUUCUGCAGAGGGUGGACACAGACAUUGGGAAUCUUGUCGAUAAUUUCGGUUUCCUAGUUAAUGUGGCUCGGGUCAAUGAUCCACCGGUCCGAAAUUCUCAAGAGUCUUUCAUGAUGGAGAUGCGUGCUGCUAGAAUGGUUCAAGCUGCUGACUCGUUGCUCAAGUUGGUGUCGGAACUAAAGCAGACAGCAAUUUUCUCAGGAUUUGUGUCUCUGAACGACCAUGUAGACCAGAGAAUGGAGGAGUUCAAUAAACUCGCGGAAAAUACAAAUGGGAGAUUGGCUAGAAUUGGAGAAGAGGUAGCUGCUAGCCUCAAGGAGCUCGAGUCUCAUUACUACUCUUCGACACUAAGGAUGAGCAUUCCAGAAUAAGCAUUAAUUUCAUUCAAAUUGCUGAGCACAGAAUUCAUUUGUUAGAUUCAGUUGUGAGAAUCCUUAUGAUGUAAAAUUCUUCUCCAAAUGUUACUCCAUUAAUAGAUGUUGUAAGGUUGGAAACUCAAAGUAGUUUAUAUUUUUAGUAUUGAAAUAUAUGAUCAAUGUUAAAUUGAUAUCCAUUUAGGGUG